ACAACACAGGCGACUAGCCUGUUCUAAUCGGUUCCAAAACAGGGUCGUUUGUCUAUAGAACACAUGUUAAUAUUGUUUUGGCGCGCGAACUCGACAGACAACGGAUAACAGGAACGACAACAAACAGCAUUUCCCGGAUCGAUAAUAGGAUACGUGUAUGCGUGUGUCUGCUUGCAAGUGCUGAGCAUAUUAAGUGCUACUUGACUGCAAUGCCGGAGAAUAUUAUCGCCGGCAUUCCGGUGCAUUUUCCCUUUGAGCCAUACGAGGUGCAGCGCGCCUACAUGGAGAAGGUGAUUAUGUGCUUGCGCGAUGGCACCAACGGCGUCCUCGAAUCACCCACCGGCACGGGCAAAACUCUGAGUCUGCUCUGCGCCUCGCUUGCCUGGAUACGGACACGUCAAUCGGAGCAGCAGCAGUACAUGCAGAAGCUACAGCUGGACCAACAGAAACAGGCAACAAGUGCAGCUGGAGCUGGAGCUGGAGCUGGCGCUGGCGUUGCUGACUUAAACGCCGUCAUGGGCAAGGCCAACAAUUGGGGUGUGCCCAAGGUGAUAUACGCCUCGCGCACCCACUCCCAGCUGAGUCAGGCGAUGCGUGAGCUAAAACGCACCGCCUAUGCCAGCAUGAGAUCUGUGGUGCUCGGCUCGCGGGAUCAGCUCUGCAUACAUCCGGACGUGAUGCGGGAGCAGGGCAACUCGAACAAGGUGAACAUGUGCAAGCUGAAGGUGCACGCGAAGACGUGUUCGUUCCAGUUGCGCGUCGAGUCCAAAAAGGAUCAUCCCGAUUUUCGGGGUCCCAGCAUCAUGGAUAUUGAGGAUCUGGUUAAGGUCGGCCAGCGCCUGAAAAUGUGCCCCUACUUUGCCUCCAAGGAGCUGGUCAACGGCGCGGACAUCACAUUCAUGCCCUACAACUAUCUGCUGGAUCCCAAGGCGCGCAAGGCGAACAAGAUUGAGCUGAGCAACACGAUUGUCAUAUUGGACGAGGCGCACAACAUCGAGAAGAUCUGCGAGGAGUCCGCCUCGGUGCAGAUACGCUCCUCCGAUGUGGCCAUGGCCAUUGAGGAUAUCACGCACAUUAUGAAAAUCUUCACCAGCGGCGAUGCACAGGACACGGGCGGUCCCGAAGAGCCCAAAGACUUUACGCUCGACGAUCUGACGCUGCUCAAGGAGAUGCUCCUCGAGCUGGAGAAGGCCAUCGAUGGCGUUGUCGUCGACAACAAAGCCGAAGGCACCACCUAUCCAGCUGCGCAUAUCUACGAGCUUCUCGGCAAAGCAAACUUCACCUAUGGCAAUUGCGCCACAAUUGUCGCCCUGCUGGACAAGCUGGUGCAGUAUCUCAUGGUCGCCUCCCAGCACUCGACGAUGCUGCGCAAGGGCGGCAGCUUUAUGGUGCUCGCCGAUCUGCUGAACAUUGUGUUUGCCAACAAGGAGGAUGUCAUGUCCAAGGUGCAUCGCAGCUUCAAGGUGCACGUCGAGAUUGAGGACAACAAACAGUCGAAACAUGCAGCGAACAGUGCCAAGCCGCAAACCGGCUGGCUGGGCAAGGGCAACAAUGCAGCGAGCAGCGUCGCCAAGGCGGCAAAGAUCAUUAAUUUCUGGUGCUUCAAUCCGGGCUUCGGCAUGGAACAGCUGCUCAAUGCACAUGUGCGCAGCGUCAUCCUUACCAGCGGCACACUGGCGCCGCUCAAGCCGCUCAUUGCCGAGCUGGCCAUACCCGUGGCUCAGCAUCUGGAGAAUCCGCACAUAGUCGACCAGUCGCAGGUCUAUGUCAAAAUCAUUGGCACCGGACCGGAUCGCGAGCAGCUCAUAUCCAACUACAAGAAUCGGGACAAUCCGAAGUACAUCAGCUCGCUGGGCCAAACGAUCUUGAAUGUGUCGCGCAUUGUGCCGGACGGUCUGUUGGUGUUCUUUCCGUCGUAUCCAAUGCUGAACCAGUGCGUGGACGCUUGGCAGGCGAGCGGCCUGUGGGCGGAUAUAUCGUGCCGCAAGCCAAUAUUUCUGGAGCCGCGCGGCAAAGAUCAGUUCACGAGCACCAUGGAGGAGUUCUAUCAGGCGAUACGCGACUCGAAGGGCGCCUGCUUUAUGGCCGUGUGUCGCGGCAAGGUGUCCGAGGGCCUGGACUUUGCCGAUCGCAACGGUCGGGCGGUGAUCAUAACGGGCCUGCCCUUUCCACCGCUCAAGGAUCCCAAGGUGGUAUUGAAGCGUCGCUACCUGGAAACGAAUCGCACCAAAGAGAACCAGCUGCUCAGCGGCCAGGAAUGGUACAGUUUGGAUGCGACACGCGCCGUCAAUCAGGCGAUCGGCCGUGUCAUCCGGCAUCGCAACGACUAUGGCGCCAUCUUGCUGUGCGAUGCACGCUUCCAGGAUAUGUCGCAGGUGCAGCAGCUGUCCAAAUGGAUACGCGGCCAUCUGGGCGCACGGCCACAAAGCUCGCCCUUUGGCCCGAUUGUGCGUGAGCUGCGGCAAUUCUUCAAGCAUGCCGAGCAAACGAUGGCACAGCCCGAGGAGCGUGUCGUUGAGCCGCUGCUGCAAACCGUUUGCAAGGAGGAGCAGCCCACGCUGGCGCCCAGCAGCAGCCAGAUCACCAUCAAACGUGAACCCGGCACCGGAGGCACCAAGUUUCAGCUGGCCAGCGAGCUGGCUGCCCAGGCUGAAAUGGCCAACUCCAUUAAGACGUGGACGCCGGCGGACUAUGCGAAUGCAGCGGGAUGCAGCACGCUGGGCCGCAGACCGCCCGAUGCCAUGGACUUUAUGAGUCGACUCAAUGCCAAUGUGACGAGCAUCGACUUUAAUGGCGCGGACGCUGGUCAGGAUCUGGUCAAGAUACACAAGCGCGAGCGCAGCUCACCCACAGCCAGCGAAUCUUCGAUGAUUGCCAAGAAGCGCUACAAGCUCAUCGGCAACGAUCCGCUCAAGACGGAGCCCAGCGAGCCGGCCUCGACUAGCAGCAGUUACUGCCCAACUCCCGCUCAAUCUCAGCUCAAAGAAGCGCCCGAAUCGCGUGCAGAUUUUCUGCGUGAGGUGCGCAGCGUCAUCGAUUGUGAUCAGUUUCGCAGCUUUGGCAAGGCGCUGCUGGCCUAUAAAACUGGCGGCGACGGUUGCUUCGAGACACUGAUGGUGCUCCUACUGGACGUGCUGGGCGCACCCCAGCUGCGUUAUCUGCUGCUCGGCAUGCGACGCUAUCUGAAGAACGAGCACAAGCUCGAGUUCGAUGUGCGUUUGGCCAGCUUUCAGGCAACCUAGUCCUGGAGCCUCAGCCC